CGCAAACAAACUGUAAAAUGUGCAAAACAAAACAAUAUCAAAGAGUAAAGCUGAUAAAGUAAUAAAUGAAUAAACGGCAUUUUGUUAAAGUUCAAUAAAUCCUAUGCGGAUAAGUAAUAAAAUAAACUUUGACUAAAAAUUAAUGAUUUAUACUUUUGUACAUAUAAACAAUUCAAUGGAGUAUAAAACUAUGCUACGUUUGCAGAAAUGUCUGUACUUUAAAAUAAAUCUAUUUGUUCUCUGGUGUUUUGUGACAGGGUUUUUCUUGUUUAUGAAGUUUGAUAAACUUAGCCACCUGACAAAAUACUUAUCAGCUACAGUUUUUUUGCUACUAUCUGGAAUAGAAAUUGUACGAUUGUACCUUGGUAGAUAUGGAAAUUUGUCUUGCAGAGUUCCAGAAUUAGCUGUAUUCCUCAUGUUGACAAUUUUAAUGCAAAUGCCACUAGUUAGCUUCUUCCUUUUUCAUCCAUAUUUGCUGAGCACACCAACAGAACUAACGCUGCAUGCUAUGUUUUGGAUGACUACUAUUAUUGAGAUUGUGUACGGGUUUAGAGCAUUAAAACAAGCUUCUUCUCUAGCUAAAAGCAUUUACCUGUCCACAACUCAGAAUCACGAUUUAAGUGCAAUGUGAUAUUGAAACUCGCCAAUUUUGUCUCGAAACUUUUGAUAUCACCAUCAACUCCAAAAGAUUUGAUCAUUUGUGCAAAAGUUGGUGACAUCUUGC